CACAGCGACCAGACUGCUUCAUGCUUCUGAGCGAAGUUGAGUCAACGCGCCGGGAAACGCACCGCCUGGAUUCAUGUGGCACCUCCAUGUUCGCAGUCCUCUUUUCUGCUGCGCCGGGAGGACUUUUAACCACUGUCGGUUGCGAUAGAAAACCCGUUUUGCUUUGUGGAAUGUGUUUGUAGACACUAAUAGUUGAGUUGCAACCAUUAAACGCCCAGUCAUUAAGUACCUGCGGAUCUACUGCAGGGGAGUUUUUUUUUUUACCGGCAAGCGGGAUACUGCAGAUCACCUUAAACAAUAAGGAUCUUCACAGAAGUGAACAAUGCUCAGACUACAGACUAUCAUUUGCACUUUUUCUGUGCUGUCUUUUGCAGCAAGAGCAGAUUUUAAGGCACGGAAUUGCAGCGAGGUGAGAGAGGCUUGUGUCGGGAAAGGCUUCAGCUUCGCACAUGUUCCUCUUCAGGAGAUCCCAGGUGAACAUCUUCGUGUCUGUCCUCAGGGAAACACAUGUUGCACCCAAGAAAUGGAGGACAAAUUUGGCCAACAGAGUAAACAGGACUUUGAGAAUCUUGUUGAUGAAAUGAGUCAUGAAUUGAGAAGCACGUUUGUUUCCAGACAUAAGAGAUUUGAUGAAUUCUUCCUGGAGCUACUGGAGAACACAGAGAGGUCCCUGAAUGAGAUGUUUGUGAGGACUUACGGCAAGCCUUAUAUGCAGAACUCUGAGGUCUUUGAGAACCUGUUUGCCGAGCUGAAGCGCUAUUACACUGGAGGAAAUGUUAACCUGGAGGAAAUGCUUAAUGACUUUUGGUCGCGGCUGCUGGAGCGUAUGUUCACGCUGCUCAACUCCCAGUAUGUCAUCACUGAGGACUAUCUGGAGUGUAUCUGUAAGUACACCGAACAGCUCAAGCCCUUUGGAGACGUGCCCAGGAAGCUCAAGGCUCAGGUUACCCGGGCAUUCAUCGCUGCACGCACAUUUGUCCAAGGGCUCUCUGUUGGUCGGGAGGUGGCCCAGAGAGUGUCUAAGGUGAGCAGCACUCCAGCAUGUAUCCGAGCACUGACCAAGAUGCUGUACUGCCCCUUCUGUCAGGGCAUGCCAGCAGUUAAACCCUGUAAAAAUUACUGCCUGAAUGUCAUGAAGGGCUGCCUGGCCAAUCAAGCUGAUCUGGAUCCAGAGUGGAACCUGUACAUUGAUGCCAUGCUGCUGGUGGCACAGAGGCUGGAGGGACCUUUCAACAUUGAAUCUGUCAUGGAGCCCAUUGAUGUCAAGAUUUCAGAGGCCAUCAUGAAUAUGCAAGAUAACAGUGCCCAGGUUUCCUACAGGGUUUUUCAAGGUUGUGGCCAGCCAAAACCCGCAGGAAUGACUAGGUCUGCCCGUGGUGUUUCGGAUGUGUUCAACGCUCGCUUCAGGCCGUACAGCCCAGAGGAGCGGCCUACCACUGCAGCUGGCACAAGCCUAGACAGACUGAGGAUUGUUUGGAAUGCGAUGCAACACAGUGUGCUUGACAUAAAAGAGAAACUGAAGCUGUCAAAGAAAUUUUGGUCCAACCUGCCCGAGGCGAUGUGCGUGGAGGACAGAGUGACCGCUGGAAAUGCCAGUGAUGACGAGUGCUGGAAUGGACAUACCAAGGGCAGGUACUUCCCUGAAGUUCAAAAGGAUGGACUGACCAACCAGGUGAAUAACCCUGAAGUGGGUGUUGACAUCACCCGCCCAGACACCUUCAUCCGCCAGCAGAUCAUGGCUCUCAGGGUGAUGACCACCAAGUUGAAAAAUGCCUACAAUGGCAAUGAUCUCUCCUUUCAAGAUUCAAGCGAUGAAGGCAGUGGCUCAGGCAGUGGCAGCGGGUGCACAGAGGUCUGCCCUACAGAAAUGGACGGUGGUGCCACUGAAGCCCCAGUGGUGGAAGCCGACCGCAGUGGGCCUGUGGAUAACUCUGCCUCGCUCCCUGCACCCUCUGUAGCCCUGCCAACCAUGCUGGCCCUCUCAGCCCUGGCACUCCACCGACAAUGGAGAUAAUGCUGGAGGAACUGGCUAAACAUGGACAGCAGGGUUUUUUUUUUCCUUUUUUGCAGUUUUUGUAUUCAGGCAGAUUGGAGCUACAGUCAAGCAGACAGUAUUCAGGCUGCCAGCCUCAAGGCUAGAAGAGUCUGCUCUGAAAAAGAGAGCAGUCAUGCAUCGUGAUUUCCCACUUUCCCAAAGAUCGUGCAGUGCCAUCCUUAGACUUGAUAUUUUAUGGCAUCACUUCACCAUCUAACACUGAUGCCGACCCAACAAACUCUGCUUCAGAGAUUUCUUGCACAUAUGGCAGGUAUUAAUGUAGGUCUCCAUGUGGAAAAAUAUAACACGCACUUUGAUUGUUUUGAUUUUUUAAUGCAAAAAUCUGUUGGUGUGUUGAAAAACAUUGAGAAUGUGGUUAUUUGAUGCACCUAAAAGAGGCACGAUAAGUUUAAUAUAUGUUUAACACUAUAUUUUGAAACAAGUACAAAGCAUAUUGAACUAAAUGAUCUAAAUUCAGGAACAUGAGGUUUCUGCCUAAAAUUUUAAGUGAAUCCUUGUUCCACUGUCAUUAAAUCAUGUGCCAAUUAUUGAUUUUUGAUUAAUCAAAGUUGUUAUAAAUCCAUACUGGUUUGAGAUCAAAUACAGGCACAUGUUUCUUAUGUUUCUCAAUAAUUUCAACCAUUAAGUUUGGCAAGAGUGUAGGUUAAGUAUAUCAUGGGUUGGUCCUGGAUCUGCUCUGCUCUUAGUUAUCCACUGAAACUGUUCAACAGCCACCUUGUGCUAAAACCAACAUUUUGUUAAAAGGGAUAAGACUGACAUUUUUAUGUACUCAUUUGCCUUGCAACAAAUGUAUUAUCUGCUAAAUAUUCUCAUAUCAUGCUGGUUUCUCAGGCUUGGCUUCUGGAGUAGAAACCCUGGACAGAAUUCAUAUGGAGUCACUAUUGACACACAGAGAAGGUGCCACAAAUAUACAGUAAUGCUAUGCAUUAACAUAGUGAUGCUGGUUCUGUAGUGUUGUGGGGUGCAUGUCCUAGUGUGUAGUUAAUUAAUUCAUGUCCGAGAGGGCUAAACAAAUUGGAAUCCUUGCUAAUAUAUGAUUGCUCAGUAGUGUGUUUCCAUCUAACCACUUUAUAGCAUCAAUGACCUGCAUACAAAUCCAUACACAGCCAAAUAGAGAUACGCAAAUCAACUAUUUAUAGAAGAUAUUUGAAUGGUUCUGCUAACAUGGAGCCUUAUAAAGACAAAGGGACACACUAAUGAAACUAAUGUUCUGUUUAUGUAUAAACGGACAUGCACAUCUCAGUAGGAAGCACCCAUUCAAUACAGAAUCACCAUCACCAGUCUUGUGCUGCUGUACUCUUGCUGUAAUUUACAGUAUUUUGGGGGCUAUAAAGUGUUUCCACAAAUAUUCAACAUUUUUAGAAGCUCCAGCAGUUCUGGAUUUGCAUAUACAGGAACAACGCGAAGGCAUAUGUGAUUGAAUAGCCAAAGCUUAUCCUGUAACUGCUUUCACAGUUUGGAUAAAAUAGUUGUAAAAUAGUCGUCAAAAUGUGCAUUGCAUUUGAAAAAGCUACAAAACUGAAAUACUGACAGGUAAAAAGUUUAAAUGUUGCUAUUUUUUAAAUUUCAUUACCAUAGUUAUGUAAAAGGUGAGAAAAUUAUUAAGAGAAGAAGUAGCAAACUGCACACAGUGGUUACUGGAAAUGCAAAGAAAGGGUCCCUAAAUUUAUCUGUAAAGCUUGAAUGGUUAUGUCUGCAGCACAGACAGGCUUGAAGCCAACCACAGUCACCUGUGAAAUGAGAAUCUGUGGAGACUGGACAGGGCUGAAUGCUUCAGUGAAGCUCCUCAGUAGAGCGUACUUACAGAGAAUGUGAGAGGCCUGGCACUGCUGAGGGGGGCGGACAAAACCAGCCUGUAUGUACGUCCACUGUUCUCUGAGAGCCGGUCAGCUCCAUAACCACCAGGCCAGCUAAGCUUACAUAUCCAAGGAAUUAACCAGUGUUAUGCCCUUAGCAGUAUAUCAAUGAAUAUUUGUUGAGCUUUUCAUUAUUACAUUUACAUCAGCGUUUACAUACACAUUGCAAGAACAAAAAUAUAUAAAACAUGUCAAAUGUGUCAAUUAAAAGGAUUCUUUAUUAUGAACAUUGAUCUUACAGGAUGCCCUUUUUAUGUUUUGUAACAUUUAACUUUUAAUGGUAAUAUUUUUGCAAUAAAAUAUUGAAAAUGGAUGUGUGGUCAGACAAAUUAUCUGAAAAAUAGAAUUAGCUGGAAACACUAUAAAGUCAACAUUUUUUACAAUCAAUGCAUUGCUGUAUGAAGUAAAAUUUGAAUCUAGGAGAGGUGAAGAACUAGUAGAGUGAAUAUGCCUUAUUGUUUUUCAGUGCAAUUAAGAUGAUUGCAUUUGUGUUUUGUUACGGUUCUUGAGAAUAAAUAUUUAUUAAAACAUUCCAA